GAGAGGAGAGCACAGUUUGUAUACUAAUUGUGGUGUCAUUUGAUAUUAACUUGAAAUCCUAAUGGCAGGAAUAAUCUUAGUUUAAGAAAUAAUUGAGACAAUUUUAAUCUUCUCUCAUAAUAAUUGUCAUAUUAUUAAAUACAUUUUUUAAAUAUGGUUAGUAACAGUAUUAUAUUAAUAUGAAAUUAAGUUUUGUUUUAAAACUCUAAUCAAAAUUUCUUGCACACUUUAUGUUUGUUUGUGUGCUCGUUCCUUUGUUCUUUUGGACCCCGGACCCCAAACCUUCACAAAGCUGCUCUUUGUCUCUUCAUUCUAUAACAUGUUUUAUUAUCCACACAGAUCCUUUCACAGCAGGAUGUUUUUCCUCUGCCCUGUGUGCAAAAAGGCUCCUCACUCUCUUCCUGGGCAUCUCAGGGAGGUGUGUAUGAGGAACAGCACAAAGGCAGAGAUCCAGGCAGUCGUCAUAGAGGCCAAGAAGGAGUUGUCAGAAUUCUGUCACAGAGGACGUUUCUGGGAGUUUGGAAAAAUUUGUGACAUAUUGGACUCUACUAAUCCUCUGGCCAGGAUGAUUGCGGAGAUGCAGUCAAGGGGGUUGGUGAUUAAUAACUUACCUUCACUCCUCCCGGAACCAGCUCAAUCGACUACAUCUUCUGUGUCUCAAAGCUCUGGAGAAGGUGCAGAAGGUCCAGUUGAGCCUCCAAAUGAGCCCUUAUCUGACGAGAGCUCUGGAGAGUACUAUCAGAGCACUGUUGGACCGAAGUGGACCUUUUCUGUGAGGGUGGAAAUGGUCAAAAAAGGCUUUUACAAUAAGCACUCCAUUGACCACCCCCUUCUAGCAGGAUUUAAUAAGGACCUGCACAUUGACCUAGGACAUAAAAACAGCAAACAAGUAGUGGAAACAGUGUCCAGGUUCUUACAUUACAUGGACCCCACUGAGCCAAACUUGAUGUUUGUUCGUCAGGUGGAGAAAGUGCGAGAGUACUUUAACAUCUUGUCAGAUACAAAGCUCUCAAAAUGGACAGUGUUCAACUACUGGAAGAGUCUCAAGAGGUUCAUGAAAUACAUUAUUACCUCCACAGACAUUCGCCACAACAAUCCAUCUCUGUUCCAGGACUGUGAGAGUUUUUUGGAUGUGCUGUAUGAAAUAGAGAGUGCUAUGUCCAAAAAAGUAAGCAUGGAGGUCACAGGGAAAAAAUCAGAGCUUGGGAAUGGCAAAGAAAUUUUGCCAAAGGACUGCCUUGCUGUUUUGGAGGCUGCAUUCAAAGAUUUCCAGGCCGUGAUAUGCAAAAUGCAGGAUCCAGGAGCCAUCACAGGGGACUGUUUGACUAAAAAUGAACGGCUGCUCGUCCUGUACUACCUGGAGGCUAUUAUCAUGCUGAAGCUACUUCAGCGACCUGGUGUAGUGACACAGAUGACUGUUGAGGAUUGGGAGGGGAGAAGCCGGAUAGAGAAUGGUGUCUGUGUUGCAGUGAAGGAGCACAAAGUACCGUUGUCACACGAACAGGAACUUUGGUUUGACUUGUACUUCAAUGAGGUGCGGCCAGUAAUGCUACAAGAAAACCGCACCGGCGACGAUGUGGCAGUUGAUUCAUUUUUUGUGUCAAGUAGUGGGAGAUCGAUUUAUAACCCCUCCAAUGACUUAAAAAGACUACAUGACAAAUACAGUCUCCCUAGUGUGACCUUUGGUGAUGCCCAGAGAGUGUUUGAGGCAGCAGCACAAAACCUGAAGUCAGAAGUGGAGAGAAAUGUGUUGGCACGGCUGUUUGGGCACAUGCCAGAAACAGCUGAAAGGAACAACAUGAGGAAAACAUCUUCAGAUGCAUUUCUGGCUCUAAGUGUGCUAGAUCAGCUUGCUGGAAAAACACAACAAAGGUCCAGUAGAGCUUCCAGCCAAGAGACAAGGGUGGACGAAGAGACAGCCUACAAAACUCUCGAGCAGUUCUGUCCAGUGACUCUGGAGGGGCCUCCUCCAAAAAGGGCACGCAGGAAUGAGCUGUGUGGCUCAGAACAUGAGAGGCACUGCUAUGACCGCUGGUGUAGCGAGCAGCUUAAGCUGCGUGAACAGCAUGCUCUUGAACAUUUUGCUGGACAGCAGCCAUCAGAGUCCAAAAUAAACAGCUGGAUGGACAAACAAGGGUGGACGUCAAAUAUCCCACAGGCUUCAGUGGUUCUGAAGCAGUGGAAGCCUGUUGCCAGGUUGGACUCGGUCAUCGACAGCAGCUUUGUGCAUAAAAUGAUUUUGUCUCAACGCUGGAAAGGACUGACUGUCAGACCCGUCCCUGACAAGGGUAAUGGUGUUUUCACCAAAAGACCCUUUCAGAUUGGGGAGGUUGUCUGUGAAUACCACGGCCAGCUGGUUAGCCAUGAAGAUGGGAUGGCAAUUGUUUCGACCAGCGGCAUUAGUCCUGGACAUUUGUUUUUUUAUAAGAACAAGCAACAUGAAGCCAUGUGCAUUGACGCACAUGAAGAAAGUUGCCAGUGCCAUCCUAUGAAGUUAAAUUACGGACGCCUGAUACGUCACUCCAGCAAAAGAGCCAAUAUCCGGCCCAGGCUGUAUGUGCUUUAUGAUAGAGACAUCAUUCUCUUCAUUGCUACAAAAGACAUUUUGAGUGAUGAGGAGUUACUCUAUAAUUAUGGCUCAAAGAGGAGAUAUUUUGCCGGGAAAGGGCUGGAAUUGGACUGGAUGUGAAAGAACAUCUUUCCAUCCCCCAUUCUCACCCACUUCUAACAUGUCCAACUCCAAGUUUCCACCUGUGGCCAUAUUCUCUCCUCACUCUCUGGACUCUGGACAACCAUCACUGCUCUUCUCACCCUGAAGGAUUCUUCCUGCAAUGUCAAGCACCAACACUUCUCUCUAAAUUUCUCAUAACCUUCCUUUAUGCAGUAGUGAGAGUGUGAGUAGGCUACUCCAUAUUCUCUCCUCUCUCUCUGGAUUCUUUGCAACACAUGUGGAAUUACAGGCUGGUAAGUAUGCUGAAGCUGCUCGUAACCCUCCCUCCCACGAACCCUUAAUUUCAACCACAAGAAAAGCCAUGGACCUCACUGCCAAGAAUUAACCAGGCAUGUUAAUUCUUCAAGCAAGCAAUAGUAUAUUCAUCCUAGGAGUCACCACCAUUUUUAAUUUAAGACAUUACCUAUGUUGUCUCUAUGUUGUUUGAUUAAUGUUCAGAUUUUGUUCAUUUGUUUGCACUUGUAUGUACUGGAAGUUGUUUAUUUUCUUUAGUUUAGUUAUUAUUUGAUAUUACUAUUAUAUAUAGUCUUCAACUGUGCUGUUAUUUCACA